GGGUCUAUGGGACACGCGCUACAGUGACCUCUAGUGUUUACCAUCGGCAGAUUUUAGUUCCUCAAUUAAGUUGAUUUACAAAAAAAACCAAAAAAAAAAACCGAGUACCUUUUUGUCAAUUAUUCACAGUAUUCUGAUAAUAUUGUGUGUACCUACAGUACUACAGCACUUUGCAAUUUAGCAACAUUACUUUAGUUGUACUGUCAAAGGGGAAGUCUACAUAGAAGACGCACAGCUGAGCCUCGUUUAGUCAGAUUGUGUCAGAGAAGUUGAAAAGAGUUUUUUUUUUUAACAUCACCCAGAGAAGACCUUGAAAAUGCAUCUUUGGCUUUUAAAUGUAAUCAUAUAUUUUGGGUGGCAUCCUCAUGUUAAAUCAAGCCCAGUAAACAGGGGAAAUUCCACAGAACUCUUACUUGAUGGGGUCUACAAAACCUUGCGAACUAUUAAACACAGCCCUGAGACUAUUGAAGAGCUACACUCAAAACAUCAAAUAGAAGAAGGAGACAUUCUACAAUUUACUGACAGGAAUGCAGUGCAGUCUAUCUGGCCAACACAUGCCAUACCAUAUCUGAUAAGUGCUGAGCUACGUAGUCGUACAAAUGACAUCUUAAGUGCAACACGAAUGAUUUCAGAUCAAACUUGUGUGACGUUUCAUCUCCGGACAUUUGAGACCAACUUCCUUCAUUUCAAAAACAGUCCAGGCUGUUCAUCUUAUGUGGGGUUCAUUGGUGGAGACCAGGCAGUAUAUAUUGGGUCUGUCUGCACCGUGGGAAAUAUUGUUCAUGAACUUUUGCAUGCACUUGGCUUCUAUCAUGAGCACACUCGUAUGGACCGGGACAGUUACAUUAAUAUUAUCAAAAACAACAUCAUAAAAGGAACUGAACAGAACUUUGUUAAGCGACAUGGUGACACCUUGAAUGUCCCUUAUGACACUGCCUCCAUAUUACACUAUGGAAGUGCAUACUUUUCAUCCAAUGGCUCACCCACUAUUGUACCUCUCCAUACGGCCAAAGACAUGGGGCAGAGGGAGAGGCUGACACAGUUGGACAUACUGAGGGUCCGGCUGCUUUAUCAGUGUGGUGUGUAG